AUGGGGCUCGACAAGAUCAAAAAUAUAUUGAAUGAAGGAGACAUCAUCAAUCCAGACUCUCCGCAAUAUGAAGAGCAGUGUCGAACAUGGGCGGCGCAAUGCAACAAGAAGCCUCGUGUCGUGGUGCAACCGAAAGAUCUGACAACAUUGAGUACCCUCAUUACCUACUUGAACCGGUCCGACUUGGAUUUUGCCAUCAGGUGCACCGGAGUCGGAAACGCAUCGGCAAAGGACGUUCUCGUAUCACUGGCCAACUUCAAAUCGUUCUCUUUUGACGCUCAGAACGAAACCGUCAUAUUUGGCGCAGGACAUAAUUGGGGCGAGAUUGAUCGCAAAGUCGAAGAGUAUGCCCCGGGCUAUGCUGCUGUCGGUGCAAGGUGUACAUACGUGGGAGUAGGAGGCUCGAUCAUCCACGGUGGUCAAAGCUGGCUGAGCUCGGAGUAUGGCCUUUCCAGUGACCCUCAGAAUUUCCUCGAUGCACAGGUCGUCAAAAUGGAUGGCAGCAUCGUCUGGGCCGCCGAAGAGCCGGAUCUAAUGUGGGCAUUGAGAGGAGGCGGAGGUGGCUUUGGGGUCGUUACUGCUUGCAAGAUGAGGGUCUACAAAUACCCAUCCUCGAUCUACUGCGGACAGAUCAUCUACCCGGCCGAUGCACUCCAAGAUCUGGCCCGUGAAGUUGGAGCGUUUGCAGCUCGGUGUUCCGAUCCCAAGGUUGCCUUGCAUCUAUACUGUUUGAAUAUGAGUAUGGGCACUUACGCAGGCAAUGAGCCGCAACCAGGUCUCGCAAUAUUUGCAUAUGACGCCAACGGGGAAGAACACGGAAGGAGCGAAGCCGGCUUCAAGUGGGCACUGGACAUAAAAGGAGCAGUGGACUUGACCAAGGCGCUGAACAUUCGAGAAGUCAACGAGGGCUUCGGUAAGUUCGACCGGGCAGCGCUUUACGGAAUAUUCUGGCUCAAUUUGAUCUUUCACAGACAGUUUGAAAGCCACGAUGGGUGUUACCAACACGUGGCAAUGUGGUGCAACAUUGUCCUCGAUUGACGAAGGCUUGAUACUGCGUUCUUGGAAAUGGUAUGUUGAACUUGUGAAUAAGGAACCAAGCCUAGCAAGAAGCACGUAUGUGCUCAUUGAAAUGAUGCAGAAGGCAGCUUAUCAGUCACUCAAGUAUCCCAGCAAGGAAACUGCCUGGCCACACACAAGAAACCAGCAUAAUCUUCAGAUGGGAGCAGGCAGAAUUCCUGGCUCGGAGGAGGGAGAUCUUGUAGGAUAUCAGGCCAUGGCAAACGGACCGUUCGAGAUCAAGGCGAAACACACGAAAGCAGAUUACUUUCCAAACUUCCUCGAGGGGUUUGUCGAUCCAAAGGAGGUCUUCGGUGAGAACUGGCCUAGACUUGUUGAUAUCAAAAAGAAGUACGACCCGAACAACAAGCUCGGUGGGCCUUUUAGUGAGCGGUAGGAGAGAUGAAGAGGGAGAGGGAGAGAUGGUUCUGUUGUUCAGGGAUGUGCUCUAGCGGGCGACUGACUGACACUUGGUUGGUCCUGGAGAAAGGACAGUCCGUGGGAAAGAUGAACGACACGUACAACGAUCAAAUCACUGGACUUGAUAUGUCCUCAUCCUGGCUCAUCAGAUUCGAGAGCCAAUGCACACACGGCAUGCAACGCAAGUCAUGAUAGUCAAGUCACCGCCUGCUUCAAUGAUGAUAGUAUUCGACUCACUGCGUCACGUGAUUGGGGACUAGCGCCAUCAUGU